AUGAAUACAAGUGCCAUCAGAUUAAGUGGUGUUAGAAGUUUAUUAAGCAAUCCAAUAUUGAUAUUGGAAAGGCAAAUAGAGUUUGGGAAUAUAAUAUUCGGAUUUGAACAAAACAAUCGAUAUAGGAUAAGUAAUGUCAAUAAUGAAACUGUUGGUUGGGCAGUUGAGAGACAAAGAUCUUUGGGGCAAAUGAUGAUGCGACAAUUGACGAAACUGCAUCGUCCAUUUGUCGUAGAUCUAUUUGACCAAAACGAGAAUUACUUGUUUAAAAUAGAUAGAAAAUUUUCAUUUAUUAAUUCUAAACUUAAAGUUUGGUCAAAUGAUGAAUAUACUGAUAAUAGAACUGCUUCUGAGAGUAUUUUAAUUGGAGAAAGUGUUCAAAGUUGGCACUUAUGGAGAAGAAGAUAUAAUUUAUUUGUUCAGGAAUUUAAGAAAAGGCAAUAUACUGAAAAGAUUGAGAGUGGUAAUAAUGGAUCACGUAUGUUAAAUCAAUUCGGUGCUAUCGAUGCACCAUUUCUCUCAUUUGAAUUUCCACUGAUGGACGAACAAAAUAAAAUUUUAGCCAGUGUUGACAGAAAUUGGGUAGGUUUAGGCAGAGAAUUCCUUACUGACACAGGGGUAUAUGUUGUCCGAUUUGAUGCAAAGAAUAGUUUUAAAGGUGUGUAUGAUCCUAGUGUUCUAAGUGAUCGUGUAUUAAAUCUUGAUCAAAGAGCAAUCCUAUUGGCAAACGCAAUUUCAAUUGAUUUCGAUUAUUUCUCUAGACAUUCGAGGGGUCUUGGCAGCGGAGGAUUCUUGCCAUUCGGUGUAUAUGAUGAAUGA